AUUUUGGUUUAGUUAUUCAAUGGCCAGAAGUAGGAUGUUACGAGGAAAAUGCUCGUUCACAAUGCAAAAAGAAUAUGACUAACCUACAUAGAUAUCUGACAAAGGUUACCGAGCAUCAGCUUUGCCUUAUGAGUGAUGAAGAUUUAAAAAGUUUCGAUUGGAAUUUAUACAAUACCGAUGUUGAUUAUGACGACGAUAAAGCGUUUCAUGAAUUUGAAGUCAGUAAAAGUCAGGAAGAACAGGAUGACUUUAAAAUAUAUCCCGGCUUUAAGGUGAAUUUAUCCGAUAAAAUUAAAUCUGAAAUACAAAAUACUCAAGAAGAUGGUGUACCCUUGCAUCCUAUUGUUAUUGAAUCUGCUACAAAUCAAUCGUUUGUUACUCGGAGAUUAAUAAAGGAGACUAUUCAUCCGCAAGUAUUCCAUUUAUGGCUUUAUAUAUCGGAAUUCUCCCAAGAACUUCAGUCCAGAUUACAAGGACGAAGAUUAUAUAUUGAUCGUAAAACAAUGGACAUGAAUUCAUUAGAAAUCUUGAUUAUACAUGGAUUAAAAAUGGAGGAUGAACUUUUGGAACCAUUUCGUAGUGAAAUACAAACUGCAAAAUUUCA